AUGGAAUCAUUCGCAACCCUCAAGCGUCGCACCACCGACCUGCUCCAAUCCAUCCCCCAGAACCUCCCGUCCAUGACUCUGCCGAAUGCCACCACAACUCAUGCGCCCGCCUCCCACAAGCCCAAGGGCCCUGCCCCUAUGAAGGGCACUUGGGAGAAGAUCGACAUCCCGCCGCUGCCGCUGUCCUCCCACUCCGUCAAUGUCGUCAAUGGCACGGCAUACAUCUUUGGCGGCGACACCCAGCCCGGUCGCCCUGCUACCAACGAUAUGCAUGUCGUGACCUUGCCCUACAACAGCGCCGGCGCCGAUUAUUACACUAUCAAGGCUGCACCUCCCAAGGCGUACACUCCGCCCCCCGAGUCGGCGGCCGAGCCGGAGACGGUCGCCGAGGAAAUAGCCCCGGCGGUUGAGCCGCUGGCUGCCGCAGAGCAAGCCGAGGAUGCCCCCAGCAGUGCCAAGGGAAAAGAAAGAGACCUCGACGAUGUGCCUCUCGCAUCCCCCACGACGGGAGCGGACCCCUCCUUUGACGAUGACGAUGAGGAGGAGGAGGAGGAGGAGGAGGAUGAAGUGACUCCCACUACAAGCGCUUCGGCCAAGGGCAAGCAGCCCGAGGAGCCAUUGCCCCCAAGCGCCUCACUACCGCUUGUCCCCGGCCCUCGCGCCGGCCACGCCACGGCGACGCUCGGUCAUCGUAUUUUCCUCUUCGGCGGCCGCAACCCCUCCACUGCUCAGCCGCUCAACGAAUACGGUCGUGUUUGGGUCUUUGACACUCGCACACAUGCCUGGACAUUCCUCGACCCUGUGCCUCCUGCGCCGGGUGUUACGCUGACACCAACCCCGGCCCCGCGUCACGGCCAUGCUGCGACCGCCACCGAUCGCCCCCGUGAUUUCGCUUCACGGGCUCCGAAGCGCAACCAGACUUGGAUGGCCUGGGCUCAGGGCGAUUCGGCCGAGGUCGGCACCCCGCAGGCCCCCAUUGUAGGCAACGUCGCCCUGCAUGCAACUGAUGAUGACUCCGACGGCUUUGGCACCUUCUUUGUCCACGGCGGCAUCGUUGCGCCGUCAUCUAUUGCCUCUCCCGAAGUUGCCAGCAGCGAGGAAAAACGUGCAUGCGAUCUCUGGGCCUUUGACGUUCGCUCCCGUAUCUGGAUUGAGCUUCCUGCCGCACCUGGCCCUGCUCGCGCCGGGGCAGCCAUGUGCGUCAGCAAGAGCCGCCUCUUCCGCUUCGGCGGCCAUGACGGCUCUGGCCCGAUCGGCGGCCAGCUCGACUUUGUGCAUCUCGAGGUCGAGAUGUUUGACGAUGGCAACUCACGUGGUGAGGUCUGCGUUCGCGCUCGCGGCGGCUGGCAGAGCAUCGUCGCCGGUGCAUCCGGUGGCGAGACGGAAAUUCCUCUAGUUGCUGCCCAGGAAUGGCCUGCGCCUCGAGGUUUUGCUGGGCUGGAGACCGUCACGAGCGGUGCGGGUCGCGAGUACCUCUUGCUCGUGGGUGGCGAGGCUGCUGACGGUGUUGCGGAACGCGGCCGCGAAGGAACCACAACGUCCUUCUUUAACGACGUGUGGGCAUUCCAAGUGCCGCCUCUAGGUAUGACGGCCGCGAGCGUGCGGGACGCCAUGUGGCAGGCUCUGGGUAAACCGACAGGUGAGGGCAAAUGGAACAGACUGCAGAUGGGAUCAUAUGAUGACGACAACGACGAUGGUGAGCCGCUUCCGCGAGGCUACAUUGCCACGGCGGCGAUGGGCGAGCUGGAAGAAUCGGGCAUCUUGGUCUGGGGCGGCGUUGGGUCUGGCAACAGGCAUUUGUCCGAUGGAUGGAUUCUGCGUUUGGGCGAGUGA